AUGUUUCCCACCACAGAAGAGGUUCAAGAAGAAGAAGUCCAUGAACCAGCAGAGGAAGCCCCUGAAGAAGAGGAGAAGCCUAGAAUAAAACUAACUGCUCCUAAAAUACCAGAGGGUGAGAAAGUAGAUUUUGAUGACAUCCAAAAGAAAAGGCAGAACAAAGACCUGAUUGAACUGCAGGCCUUGAUUGACAGCCACUUUGAAGCCAGGAGAAAGGAAGAAGAAGAGCUGGUUGCCCUCAAGGAGAGGAUUGAGAAGCGCAGAGCUGAAAGAGCAGAGCAACAGAGAAUCCGGGCUGAGAAGGAGAAGGAGCGUCAGGCAAGGCUUGCAGAAGAAAAGGCAAGGAGAGAGGAAGAAGAUGCCAAGAGAAAAGCUGAGGAUGAUCUCAAGAAGAAGAAAGCUCUGUCCUCCAUGGGUGCCACAUACAGCAGCUAUCUGGCUAAGGCUGAUCAGAAGAGAGGAAAGAAGCAAACAGCUAGAGAGACAAAGAAGAAGGUCCUGGCAGAGAGGCGCAAGCCCUUGAACAUCGACCACCUUAAUGAAGACAAGCUGAGGGACAAGGCUAAGGAACUGUGGGACUGGUUAUACCAGCUGGAGACUGAAAAGUAUGACUUUACAGAGCAGAUCAAGAGGAAAAAAUACGAGAUUGUCACCCUCAGGAACCGGAUCGAUCAGGCUCAGAAGCACAGCAAGAAGGCAGGAGCCAAGGGCAAGGUUGGCGGGCGCUGGAAGUAAAGAACAAGGCAGGAUGGCCCUUAGUGGCAUGCCGAAACCCUGCUGGUCUCCUCUUUCUUCCUUCAUGAAUCACUUGUGUUCCCACGCCUCAAUGAUAACAAAAAUUGCAACAUCAGCCUGGGUUGGCUAUUGCUGCUGCUUUUCUUCUUUUUCUUUCUGGAGGGGUCUGGCGGCUUCCUCAGCCAAAAGGAAGGAGGUUCCCUGUGGAACUGAGAUGACUUCUUGCUGGCAUCUUCAAUUCCUGCUGAGCAUGUCCUUUAUCCUCCUGACACCAGCCCUAUGCUGUCCUGUAGAUUGCUGUCUACAAAUCUCUUGAUUUUGUAAAUAAAGCAUGACCAGUACCUACUCCAA